AUGAUUGGCCAAGAUUCUAUUAUCGAGGAUCCACACUACUCUUUUAAGUGUACACCAAUGACGGCCAUUGGCGAGAAGCAGCAUAGUUUCAAUCCCUACACAGAUAAUGGUGGCUCGACUCUAGCGAUUGCAGGCGCUGACUUCUCUAUUGUUGCUGGCGACACGCGGUCAACUUCAGGCUACAAUAUUAACUCUAGAUACUGCCCUAAGGUAUUCAAGAUUGGAGGCUCUACAUCCUCUCAAGAUGACGCCAAUUUAGUGUUGACUGUCGUUGGAUUUGCCGCUGAUGGAAACGCUCUAAAGGAACGUCUUGAUACUGUUGCAAAGAUGUAUCGAUAUCAACACGGCAAGCCAAUGAGUGUUAAAGCAUGUGCACAGAGAUUAUCAACUAUCCUCUAUGGUAAACGUUUUUUUCCGUUUUAUGUAACUGCAAUCCUUGGUGGCCUAGAUGAAGAAGGGAAGGGUGUUGUAUAUUCAUACGAUCCGGUCGGCAGUUACGAAAGAGAACAAUGCAGGGCAGCUGGUGCGGCGGCCAGUUUAAUUAUGCCUUUUCUUGACAACCAAGUCAAUUUCAAGAAUCAGUAUAUUCCCGGGAGUGGGCAAGGCCAUGCGCUACAAGAACGGCAGCCUAUCCCCCUACCGAGGAGCGAGGUGGAAGACCUUAUUAAAGACGCAUUUGACAGUGCGGUAGAGAGACAUAUUGAAGUUGGAGAUGGGCUACAGAUGAUGAUUAUCACAAAGGACGGUAUAGAAGAAGUCUAUAAACCGCUCAAAAAAGACUAG